GUGCUUGCUACGAGUGCGACGGUUUGCCGUGCCCCUCCGGUUCUAUUGUGUUCUAUGAGUCCAAAUCUUAUGGGUGUCGUCUUCGUUCAAAUUUGUCACGCCUGGAUUUGGUUCAUAGCCAAUACAGUAGACCGGAGGUCACGCCUUCCUUUGCAUUUCAUGCUCACCAAUUGUCCUCAUUUUUUUUCUGGUUUACUACUGUGUAUGACCCAACGCGUACACGCAAUCUUACUCAACCCAUUGUCAACAAGCUUGGCACGAAUAUUUUUCUACCAUCCCCCUUCAUUUUCUAACAAACGCCCCAACAAACACUGACGCCAAGUGAUCCU